UCUGCGUCCAGGCGAUCGGGGAAAUCUUCAAGUAAAUAACGGGGGGAGGAACAGUCUUGAGCGCAGCCUGCGAAGAAUCCAACACACCGAGACUGUGUUGCGGCCGAAGCCUUAAAUAUUACAAAUUGUAAUAUUAGCCAAAUAUGGGGCAGGAGGAUCUUAUGAACACAGCCGAAGACGUGGCAGACCAGUUCCUGCGGGUAACCAAACAGUACCUGCCCCACCUGGCACGUCUGUGUCUCAUCAGCACCUUCCUCGAAGACGGGAUCCGCAUGUGGUUCCAGUGGAAUGAGCAGAGAGACUACAUCGAGGCUACCUGGAGCUGUGGCUACUUCUUGGCUACGUGCUUCGUGCUGCUUAACCUCAUCGGACAGCUGGGUGGUUGUGUCCUCAUCCUCAGUAGAAAUUUUGUACAGUAUGCCUGCUUCGGAUUAUUUGGCAUCAUAGCAUUACAGACUGUUGCAUACAGCAUUUUAUGGGACCUUAAAUUUUUGAUGAGAAACCUGGCCCUCGGAGGAGGUCUGCUCCUGCUGCUGGCUGAGUCUCGCUCGGAAGGAAAGAGCAUGUUUGCUGGAGUCCCCUCCAUGGGAGAGAGCUCGCCGAAGCAGUACAUGCAGCUGGGCGGUCGAGUGCUGCUGGUGCUCAUGUUCAUGACCCUGUUGCACUUUGACUCCAGCUUCUUCUCUAUCCUGCAGAACAUGGUGGGGACCGCUCUCAUCAUCCUGGUGGCCAUCGGCUUCAAGACCAAGCUGGCGGCGCUGACCCUCGUCGUGUGGCUUCUGGCCAUCAACGUCUACUUCAACGCUUUCUGGACCAUCCCCGCCUACAAACCCAUGCACGACUUCCUCAAGUACGACUUCUUCCAGACCACCUCGGUCAUCGGCGGCCUGCUCCUGGUGGUGGCGCUCGGGCCCGGCGGAGUGUCCAUGGAUGAGAAGAAGAAAGAGUGGUAGGCAAAAAAGGGGGGUCAAGGUGAGAGGAUUGCACAGCACCACUAACUUCCCCCCACCCCACCAACCGGGACACAAAGACCCUCCCUCUCCUCCAGUUCCACCAGUGUACACAGGUUGUUUUUUCUUUAUUUUUUUAUCUGGCCAAAUCCAGAGACACCAUCUCAGCCAUCAAUGGACAGUUUGUUUCUGUUUUUCACCCAACUGCUGUUUUUUUUUUUCUCUCCAAGUUGAACACAGUAAUAGCAGAUUUUUUUUUUCAGAACAUUUCUUGUGUGCCCAUGUGUUUCAAAGUGCAAAGAAAACAAUUAAGGGAUGAUAAGUGAAAGAAAAGAAUUUAUUUGGUCUGUGUGCAGAAGAUAAAUGAAAAUAAUUCAUUGUAUUUUAUGGGUGUUAUGCCAUUCAUGAUCAUAGAUUGAUAUUUUUUUUUUUGAAUGAAACUGGCAAAUUGGAUGGAGCUCAGCGGUUUGGGUUCUCCGUGGAUCUUUUUGCGACCAGCGGAUCAUGGAACGUCAGCCCUGAGACUUUGGGCACUGAUUUGACAACAACUCGCCUCGACUCUCCAGGUUUCAUCUCCCCUCUUUUUUGUUUUUUGUUUUUUUUUCUUCCUCCACCAGCACCCUAGCCUCUCGUACAUCGGUACACCUUCAACUGACUGACAACUCUAGUUCGUGGGGAGUCGACUCGGGGUUGGGACGUGUACAUUGUAUACUAAGUGGUGGAUUGCAGUCGUGCUUGAUUGAAAAUUUCAACACAGUUAUUAGCUCCAGGACUUGUUAUUGGGCACUUUGUACUGUACGUCUUUGGCAAAUGCCUAACUAGUGAACUGUAUAUGAUCGGGGAUAAUAAGGGGCAGGGGGAGGGGGGGGAGACUCAGCGUUUGUGAAACACCAUAUUCUGCGAUCUAGAAAAGCAAAGAGGACUAAGCAGAGUCACUAGCCGCCUGGACUUUGUCUUUGCUCAGUGUUUUUUGCCCUGUGUAAGAAAAGCUAAAAAAAAAAACAAAAAAAAGG